AUGCCGAGUCUCACCUGGCUCCCUUCCCUCCCCUCGGCUGUGUCGGCAGGCUCCUUCCCGCCAGGCACGAUGCUCAGCAUCAACGGCUCCGUCGCCAUGGUCGAACGAUUUUUGGCCGAAGGCGGAUUUGCACACGUCUAUCUGGUCUCUGUCAGCAACGAGCCGAUGUGCGUGAAGAGAAUAGCGUGCAUGGACGAGUCUACCCUUGCCGAGUUUCAGAAGGAAGUUGAUUUCAUGAAAAAGCUGAAUGGACACCGAAACAUUGUGCAGUUCGCAGGAGCGUGCUCGCAUCCGCUCAAACACGGGGGCUACGAAAUGCUGAUUCUCAUGGAAUACUGUCCCGGGGGGCGACUGGUGGACUACCUGAACGCACGGCUCCCGCGGCGCCUCAACGAAAUGGAGGUCCUCACGAUCUUCAGCGACAUUUGUGAAGGCGUUGCCUACAUGCAUAUGCAGUCCCCCGUGAUUGUGCACCGCGACCUCAAGGUCGAGAAUGUGCUGGUAUCCAAGAGCGGGACGUACAAGCUCUGCGACUUUGGCUCAGCCACGACGCAGCUGGUCCCGCCUGGAGCGCAGCUGAAAGCGCAAGAGAUUCAAAAGCUUGAGGACGAAAUAUCAAAGUUUACGACGCUCCAGUACCGCUCGCCUGAGAUGUGCGAUCUGUACCAGAAACGCGGACUGACAGAGAAGCUCGACAUUUGGGCCCUCGGCGUGCUGCUCUACAAGCUCUGCUACUAUACCACUCCAUUUGAAGACUCGGGGAAAAUGGCCAUCAUCAAUGUUCGCUACAGCUUUCCGACCACGCCAGUGUACUCCCCUGCCAUCCAGAAGUUGAUUGGUAAGGGCUUGUGA